AUGGUAGAUAGGCAUGUCCCCCAGCCGGGACCUGCGCGGCUGAAGCGCAGCGCUGGCCCUGAUGAAUGGUUGGAAGCGGCGAAAAACUGCAAAUACCUCUCUGAGCAUCAUAUGAAGCAACUGUGCGAGAUUGUUAAAGAAUACAUGAUGGAAGAGUCUAAUAUCCAGCCUGUCGCUAGUCCAGUGACGAUAUGUGGCGAUAUCCAUGGCCAAUUCUAUGACCUCCUCGAGUUAUUUCGUGUCGCUGGCGGCAUUCCAGGCAGUCCCGAUGCCAUGGAAGCGUUUGCACGACCUCUGAUCAUAUCAUCAAAUGAUAUCGAACCACCAUCUGUGAUAACCGACCCGAAAUUACUGAAGAAAAUCGGGCAAGCCCCCCAACAAGAGACUCAGGAAGGUCGUGAUGAUGACACUCGGGAAAGAGAAACAAUCACUACACCGACUGGCAACUUUAUAUUUUUAGGGGAUUAUGUAGACCGUGGAUAUUUCAGCCUUGAAACUCUGACCCUUCUGCUAUGCUUAAAGGCCAAAUACCCGGAUAGAAUCACGCUCGUUCGUGGUAAUCACGAAUCCCGUCAAAUAACACAGGUCUAUGGGUUUUAUGAGGAGUGUAUUCAGAAGUACGGCAACACAUCAGUCUGGAAGGCCUGUUGUCAAGUUUUUGACUUUAUGACUUUGGGUGCAAUCGUCGACGGGAAGGUGCUUUGCGUUCACGGCGGACUUAGCCCUGAGAUCCGCACUCUUGACCAAGUGCGCAUAGUGGCCAGAGCUCAAGAGAUUCCUCACGAGGGUGCGUUUUGCGACCUGGUAUGGUCAGACCCGGACGAAGAGCCGUCAACAACAUGGGCUCGCAAUCUCGUGUUUCAGUCGUCCGUUGCUGACAUCACACUUGGCGAAGGCUGGCUGUUUGGGAGUAACGUUGCGGAUGAGUUCUGUGAGGUCAAUGAUCUUACGUUAAUUGCACGAGCUCACCAGCUCGUCAACGAAGGCUAUAAAUAUCAUUUCAAUAAUCAAAACAUGGUGACAGUCUGGAGUGCGCCGAACUACUGUUACCGUUGUGCAAACAUGGCGUCAGUCUGCGAGAUACGAGAGGACCUGAAACCGACAUUCAAACUGUUUGCAGCCGUACCGGGCGACCAAAGACAUGUUCCACAAACCAGACCGGCGAAGACGGAGUACUUUCUUUGA